AAAACGUGUCGUGGUAAAAAAAACUUUUGUGUAUCGCGUUUCCUAGCGACUUAACGGAUGGUUUUGUAUUCUAAAUAGUCCUGCAAAAAUUCCCAGGACCCAUGCCAGCCCGGAGGGGGCUGUUAGCGCCCCAAAACACAUUUCUCGAUACUAUAGCGACGCGAUUCGACGGAACUCACAGUAACUUCGUCCUAGGAAAUGCUCAGGUACCCACACUUUACCCGAUCGUCUAUUGUUCGGAUGGUUUUUGCGAGCUGACGGGUUUCGCCAGGGCUCAAAUAAUGCAAAAAGGAUGCGCCUGCAAGUUCCUGUACGGACCCGAGACUAAAGAGGAACACAAAAGUCAAAUCGAUAAAGCACUGGAAUCAAAAAACGAACUCAAAUUGGAAGUGAUUUUCUACAAAAAGAAUGGAACGCCGUUUUGGUGCUUGCUCGAUAUUGUACCCAUCAAGAAUGAAAAGAGGGAAGUCGUCCUCUAUCUCGCCUCUCAUAAGGAUAUUACCAACACCAAAAUGGCAGAGAUGUCCGAAUGUGAUUUAUACGACAGCGCUGCCGUUCUGGGCGCCCGAUUUCGCGGCACCGCUGAUUCUUGCCUCCUUGCAGACAAGGCCAACGGAGACUUGGAUGAUUCCGAUGCACCACCGGCGAAUUAUGGAAGAAGAAGGUCGAGGGCUGUUCUCUAUCAGCUAAGCGGCCACUAUAAACCCGAUAAGAUGAAAACGAAACUGAAGCUGAAUAAUAAUUUAUUAAGUUCUACGCCUCAACCAUUGCCGGAAUACAAAACGGCGGCGGUGAAGAAGAGUAGGUUCAUAAUUUCUCAUUACGGCAUAUUCAAAAACGCCUGGGACUGGCUCAUCCUUAUAGCUACGUUCUACGUAGCCGUCGUAGUGCCUUACAAUGCCAGCUUCCUCAGACCGGAGAAGGAACGACCCUCAGUAAUUAUGGAUGUGUUUGUAGAGGCCUUGUUUUUUAUAGAUAUAUUAUUGAAUCUCCGAACGACGUAUGUCAAUAGAAAAGGGGAAGUCGUAUCCGACUGGAAAUCCAUCGCCGUUAACUACCUAAGGACUUGGUUCGUCGUAGAUUUGUUGGCCGCCCUCCCUUUUGAUUUGCUUUAUGCCCUCUACGGUGAAGAGUCCGGUCCAACUCAUACCCACCUGAUCAAAUUAACGAGGCUUCUUCGCUUGGCACGACUCCUCCAAAAGAUGGAUAGAUAUUCCCAAUACAGCGCGAUGAUUCUGACACUUCUGAUGUUAUCUUUCACUUUAGUAGCCCAUUGGUUAGCUUGCAUAUGGUACGUGAUCGCGGAGAAAGAAGUCGAGACCGAUUUAGGUUGGAUAAGAGCUUUAGCGGACCGGCUCAAAAUAAACGACGUGGCGAACGUAUCGAAUACGGAUGCGUACGUGACGGCCCUUUAUUUCACCUGUUCGAGUCUGACGAGUGUGGGAUUUGGAAACGUUAGCGCCAAUACAACCAACGAAAAAAUUUUUAGCAUUUGCGUUAUGUUAAUCGGAGCGUUAAUGCACGCCUUAGUGUUCGGCAACGUUACCGCCAUUAUCCAGAGGAUGUAUUCGAGAAGAUCGCUUUAUACGAUGAAAUGGAGGGAUCUCAAGGACUUUUUUACCUUACAUCAAAUCCCGAAGGAACUGAAAAAUCGAAUGCAGGAUUAUUUCCAAACUAUGUGGUCGCUUAAUCACGGGAUUGACAUUCACGAGACUUUAAAAGAGUUUCCGGAGGAGUUGCGGGGAGACGUUUCGAUGCAUCUACACAGAGAAAUCCUCCAGCUGCCCAUAUUCGAAGCGGCAUCGCAAGGAUGUUUAAAACUAUUAUCGCUCCACAUAAGGGCGAAUUUCUGCGCACCAGGCGAAUACUUGAUUCACAAAGGGGAUGCCCUCAGUUACGUUUAUUACAUCUGCAACGGAUCCAUGGAGGUCGUACAGAACAACAUGGUCGUCGCCAUAUUAGGUAAAGGAGACCUCGUCGGGUCGGAUAUCAAUAUGCACCUCCAGCACUCCUCAAACGGAAUGUCAGGGAACGAUGGUGGCAACCGUGGUUCAGGUAAUCAGGAUAUCGUGAUUAAGUCCAGCAGUGACGUACGUGCCCUUACCUAUUGCGACUUAAAAUGCAUUCAUAUGCAGGGCUUAGUGGACGUGCUAAGGUUGUAUCCCGAAUACCAACAGCAAUUUGCCAACGACAUUCAGCACGAUCUGACUUUCAACGUCAGAGAAGGUUACGAAGCGGAGCAAGAAUCCGAAGGAAACGGGAUAACGUCUCUCACGCUUCCGAGCAUCAGCGAAGACGACGAAAACGCACACGAAGAAGGACGACGAUCGCCCGCGACUUCACCAAACCGAUCACCAAUUCACGCUUUGACUAACAGCCCCAGACACGCGAAAUUCAAUUUGAGAUUACAAGAAUUCCACGACACUAUGCAGAGACGUUCUAGAAUUGGCGGCGUAGCUACUAAUCACUUAGCAAUGCUGCGGGAAAGAGUGGAACGCCAACGAAGCGUAAUCACUUCCCAAUCCAAAUACAAUUCGACUGAAGAUAUCGAUAAUAAGAGCGAAAUAGAGAGCAGGGAAAGCACCGAGAGGCUCGAUAAUCAAAUAUCCACGUUACAUCAAGAUGUGGCAACGUUAAGUCUUGAGGUACGCAACGCAAUACAAGCCCUUCAAGAAAUGGCAACGCCCACUUCCACUCAUGGUUCAGUUCAAUACUCAGCUCAUUCCAACCCUAACAUAGCCGAUUUCCGACACUCUUCGUCGACGUUGGCCCGAAGCAACUCGCAUCCUCCGGAGAUCUUUUGCUGGGAGGGUCCUCCGAUUCCUUCGCAAAACUACGCCCCCAUCACCCUCGUAGACAAGGAAACGCAAACAGAAGACGAAGAGCUGAAGAGCUUCGUCCAGAACAACGCCAAAACCGUUUUGGAAAUGUUGGGGUUGGAUCCGCGGAAAAUUCUCAAUAAAAACAACCUGAAGAAAAGUUUCAGUAGUCCCGACUCGAUGAGCAAAUCGGAAAUUAGUGAAAGUUUUGUAUGUAAUAUAAAUAGCGGCUACGAUUGUAACAUAUCUAUGGACGAUGAGACCGACAACGAACAAGAAAGUACCGAGGAAUGUCCAUUUUUAUGGACCCGAUCCAGGUCGAGUAACAACCGAAGGGUGCACAUUUUCGAAAAUGUAAGUUCGAACAGGCAACAGAGGGCGCUCAAAUACAGAAACAGCGUGGACAGUUAGAUUUGGUUAGUUUCAAGGACUCUGGGAGGGUUAUACGAAAAGCGUUCAUAUCGCUAAUUUUAAACCCGAAUCGUAUGCAAAAUAUAUUAUUCGGUGAAACAGGAUAUUAUCCCUAUAAUCCCAUAAUUCCUUUAAAUCUUCUAAUUUCCUCUGCUCUGAACUCCUUUAUACUUUGCUUAGACCAUAGUUCCGUUUCGGUAUACUCUGCCAAGUCCGAAAGUACGAAUAAACAAAAUAGUUGUAAGUUCUACCCUAAUUUAUUUUAAAGUUAAAGCUAAUUUAAAUUUAAAUUAAAAGACCCACAGGAGAAUACAAAAAUUAAAUAAGAUGAAACUUACAUACCAGAUGGGCAAAAAAAUAUAGAACCGUGGGCCCCUGAUUAUAAAUUAAGAGUUUUUUUUAUUUGAUUUUUUUUCGUUAUUUUUUUACAACAAAAAUAACCUUCCGAUAAGAAUCUUUCAACUAUCUUUUAUUUGCCUGUAAUAUCUAAAAUAUUCAAUAUUGGGUCCCGGAAUCUUUGAAACUGGUCUCAAAAGCGUUAUUUGGUAUGAAUGAACGCAUCGAACUUUUUUUUCCAAAAGCUGUGCAUUUCAUUAAUUAUCUAGGCAAUAUAUUGACUAAAACUAAGUAAAGGAUGAGGGUUAACAAAAAAAUUAAUUUAAGUUCGUUUCACCAAGUAACUUUUGAAUAAACCUCGAUGUUUAACCGAUUUGUCAAGAAUGUGACUGAGAUUACGAUGUCGCCAUCUUUCCAUAGAACAUGGAUUCACGAAAAAAUACCUGCGAGUCCGAACCAUUUAAAACAAUAAUUUGCAUACGUGACUUAUUUGACUUGAAUAUGAACAGACGUGUCGAACAAAUUAUAAAUAAACUUGACUUUAAUGUAUAUUUAACUAGAACAAAAUCCUUGCUUCCUAUCUUUUCUGCUUGCCUAAGAAAUUGGGCAAACCUCAGCAACUGAAAAUUUCAUUUUUCUUUUUGUGUUAUAAUAAUGUAAAUAAUAGAUUUAUAAAUGUAAUUACAUAUUGAAUAAGCAUAUCAUGUGAUCUACAAAGGUAGUGCCUCUAUUGUGAUCAAAACUAUCUCUCUAAAUAUUCCUAAUAUAUUUGUAAUUAAAGGGUUUCAUUAUUGUACAUUUGGGUAGAUUUGAAUUUUAUUGUAAAUACAUAUCUUGUCUUGGCUAUGUAAUAUUUUUUAUUUAUUCUGAACUUGAAACUUUUUAUAUUUUUUAUAAGUACCUAUUUAAUUAUCAAGAAAUGUAUUAGCGGUAUAGAAUUUGGUCCAGUACGUUUAAGAAUGCCAAACCACUUAAGAUAACAAAAUAUGAACAGAUCAGUAAGUAUUUUAUGUGUUGCAUUCCAGAAAUUU